CUUUAUCUUCUUCAGUAGAUGUUCAUGUGUGACUUUGUCACCUGUUCUCUGGAUAGACAGUAAUAUUCUAUCUUGUCUGCUCAGGUCACAAUUCAGAAUCUGUUGUUAAAAGCCUUUGACAGUGCUAUGUAUCCUAGAGUAGGUGUAGUUAUAGUUCGACUCUUUUGUUUUCUUAUUUGUUUGUGGGGAUGCUUCUCUAAAGGUAAAAUUGGAAUCAGAUAUUUGCAGACAUUUCUGCUCUUCUUGGGGAUGGCCUUUGGAUACUGUCUUCGAGUGAGCAUAUCGGAAGCUAUCGUUCCAAUGUCGGAGGUCUAUAACUGGGAUCAAACAAAGACGUCUCUAAUUAAAAGUUCCUUCUUUUGGGGUUAUACGGUAAUACAAAUACCGAGUGGAUAUAUAGCAUCAGUUUGGAGUGGUCAGAAACUGCUUAGCAUUGGAAUCCUAGUUUGUGGUAUUUUAAACGGUUUAAUACCUACUGCUGCUGCUUAUGGGGAUUACAUUGCAGUCUGCGCUUGUAGAGUAGGUAUGGGUCUUUGUCAAGGUUGCCUUUUACCUUGCAUUCAUACCCUCCUUUCAAAGUGGGCACCGCCAUCCGAACGAUCAAGACUUGGAGCAUUUGCUUAUGCUGGAGCCCAAUUCGGCACCGUAAUUUCCUUUCCAAUUUCCGGCGUAUUAGCAGCCUCAUCGCUUGCCUGGCCAUCCAUAUUCUUUGUAUUUGGUGGUAUAGCCUUAAUUUGGAGCAUCUUUUUCUUUAUUUUUGGUUCUGACAGUCCUGCUCAAGAUUCACGAAUAUCAGAGGAGGAAAGAGAAUACAUUGAAAAUAGUAUAAGAAGUGACGAGGGAAAGAAAAUGUUACAGGACACAGGGAAAAAGAAAACACCAUGGAAAGCUAUUUUCACUUCGGUACCGAUGUGGGCUCUCAUAAUUGUACAUUGUGGACAAAAUUGGGGAUACUGGACUCUAGUUAAUGAAUUGCCGAAUUACAUGGACAAGGUGUUGAAAUUCAAUUAUGAACAGAACGGUAUGUUGUCAGCCCUGCCAUACUUGGUGAUGUGGAUAUUAAGCUUUCCAUUAUGUUGGCUAGCUGAUUACGCCUUGAAAAAGGGUGUUUCAAGAGGGGUUGUGAGGAAGGUUUGCAACACCAUCGCUCACUGGGGACCUGCAGUCGCUUUGAGUUGUCUGGCCGCCCUGUCGAUUGAUAAUGCUAUCGUGGCUGUCGGUAUAUUAGUAGUAGCUGUUGGAUUAAAUGCUGGAUCUCUCUGCGGAUUCCAAAUCAACCACAUCGAUCUGAGCCCGAAUUUUGCUGGUACCAUGAUGUCCAUCACGAACUGUAUUGCUUCUGUGAUUGCAAUUAUCGCACCAUUAGUCUGUGGUGCCAUCGCUUAUGAAGACACAAAUGCAGCGCUGUGGAACAUAGUGUUUUAUUUAUCCGCUGCAAUUUACGUGUUAGGAAAUUUAAUUUUCAUUAUCUUCGGUCAAGCUGAAGUUCAACCAUGGAACGAACCCGAAGCUUAUGAACUUAGCACCAGGAAAGAAUCGCCAAUGGCGUAAACGACAAGAACAAGAACUACACAUUGUCUUUCAUUAUUUUCUAUAAAUGUAGCUUGUACUAUAUUUAUUUACAUUUUUGUUGGCGCACAAUAUGAUGCCGUCAACCAAUCACAGGA